AUGGUGCAACGGGAUCAUGCGGAAAGGCUCCGUGUGAGGAUAGGUUUUGAAGGUUUGUUCUAUAUGGAUAAUGUGAGGAAUGGUGGGGGACUGGCUUUGUUGUGGAGGAAGAAUAAUACAGCUACGCUUCUGGGUUAUUCAAAGAACCAUGUGGAUAUUGAGGUCCGUAUGCCAUCAGGAGAGACAUGGCGUAUGACAUGUUUCUAUGGCUUCCCUAAGAGUAGUCAACGGAGAGAAUCAUGGGAGUUGCUGAAACCUUUGGUGGGGAAGUCUCCGCUUCCGUGGGUUGUAAUAGGAGAUUUUAAUGAUCUCUUAUUCCAACAUGAGAAAAGGGGAAACAAUCCACAUCCAGAUAAUUUUCUCCGGGGUUUUAGUGAAGCUGUGGAUGAGUGUGGCUUGCGUCAGUUACCUAUGAGGGGAUAUCAAUUCACUUGGGAGAAAUAUAGUGGAACGGAUCAAUGGUUGGAGGAGAGAUUAGAUAAGGUGUUGGCAACGAUGAAGUGGUGUGAUGCGAAUGGAAGGGCGGGUGUAGAGAAUAUAAUUACUAGUAACUCAGAUCACUCAGCUCUGUUCCUUGAUAUGAAUGCACAACGAAGGGGGGGGGGGGCGGGGGGGGGAGGAAGGAUUCCGAGGAGGUUCAGGUUUGAGAUGGCAUGGUUGCUGGAUGAUGGGUGUAGAGAUGUGGUGGAAACUGCCUGGCAAGGGGGGAGGACAGAGGGGUUGUUGAAUUGUCAGCAACGUUGUGGGGAUAGACUGAUGCGCUGGGGCGGUGACCGUUUUCAUAAGUUUGGGGAGCACAUCCGGCGGCUCCGCAAGGAGCAGGGGCGGAUCCGUGGUAGGAGGGAUCCGGCAUCUUUGGCUCAGUUCCAGCUGUUGAGUAAUCAUAUUUCCCAGUUAGAAACCCAGGAAGAUGUUUUUUGGAGGCAGAGAGCAAAGCAGCAUUGGCUUCGUGGCGCAAAUGCGAAUACAAAGUAUUAUCACAGGUAUGCUUCUGCUAGAAAGAAAAAGAAUUUUGUUACUAAGUUGUUGAAUGAGUCUGGGGUAUGGGUGGAGGGAUAG